AUGUCGAGUCGAAGUAGGCGAAUUCUUCAAGCGGCACUGGAAAAUAUCGAAAAUGAUAAAAAUGUAUGCAACGAAAGCUCACAUUGUGUUUACGGAGAAGCAGAUCAAAAGGAUUUAGGCAUGGAUAGUGAAUGGGAGGAGUGCAUUGUCAGUCAUAUUGAUGGCACUGUUAUACCAAUUUCGACUACUGAUGAAGCAUUUAUAAUAGAAGAGGAAGUGGAAGAUUCUAACGUAGAGCAUACUUCAGCGAAUCCAGUGAUGGAGGUGAAUACUGUGCAAAAUCAAACUACGGAUGUAAAAACACAAAACGAUGGAAGAGAUUUGGAUGAAGUGCGCACAUCAAUCGAACAAAAUGGGGGAACCCUUGGAGAGGGAGGUAAUAGUUCAUGCUCAAGUUCGUGGUCAGAUAGUUCAGUUUCACGUAUAAGUAAGAAACGUCUUAAAGCCAAAAAAAGCAGAGUUGCCGGGUUAUCUUAUGUUGGCUACAAAAAAUCCGAUGAUGGUAAAAUAAAACAAAAUUGUAUGAAGACAUCGAGAUCAGUAAAGGAGCGUUGUAGUCACACUUUAUGCGGUAAGAAAAGUGAAAGAAGUUUUCUUUGUAACAUGGUAUCUGAAAACGAUAGGCAACGAAUUUUCAAGAAAUUUUGGAAUUUUAGUAGCUGGCCUGAAAAGAAAGCAUUCGUUAAAGGAUUGACUAGCACCAGAGAUGUUAGAAGAAGGAGAAAAGACGCAAACAAUAACUCAAAAAAGAAAGAAGGACACGAUAUAUUCUUGCCGAAAUGUAAUGGAGAAAGAGUAAGGGUUUGCAGACGUUUCUUUAUUAAUACACUUGAUCUAGGGGAAGAUACAUUUAGGAGAUGGGUUAGACGAAGCGACACUUUUGCAGAAAAUGAAACCGAACGGGACGACAUACCGAAACGGAAGAAGAGAACAAUAGCAGAAGGAGUUAAGAAGAAAAUUCACAAUGAAAUGAAAAACAAUAUUUUAAAAUGGUUAGCGCUGCCCCUAAGGUUCCUAGCCAUUAUUGCCGAAGUACAAGCAGUUGUACUUACGUAG